AUGAGCUGCAGACGGACUGACUGUGUGGCUAAACCUCUAUCGGGCCUUUUUGAAAGACUCGGAUCACUUGUGGGCUCUUUCCCUUUUUAUUUUCUGGUGAUUCCUCUCAUACUCUCUGCGGCCCUCGGCGGAGGCUUCACUUUCCUCAAAGACAGGGAGGACAAUGACUUUGAGCGGCAGUUCACGCCCAGGAAAGGACCCUCGAAGGUCACGAGAGCUUUCAUCAGGGAGAACUUCCCCUACAAUGACUCCAUGUUUUCAGAGAAGCGGCUGUACGACAAGGAGAACUUUGCCUCCAUCAUUGCUGUAUCGACCGGCACCUCCAACAUACUAACAAAUCCGGCCUUUGAGGACAUCGUCAGACUCAACAAUAGGGUCCUUGACAUCUCUGUGCACAAUCGAAGCAUUGGAUUCAAAGACUUGUGUGCAAAAUCCAGAGGAGAAUGUGUCUCAAACAUCCUCCUGGAAAUGAUCAGCUCCAAUGAAACCGAUCAAACCAGCAUCGUCUUCCCAGUACAAACGCACGGAUCCAGUUCAGUGUUCCUGGGCUCGGUGCUCGGUGGAGUUACCACAGAUGCUAACGGCUCCGUCAUAAGUGCUCAGGCUGUAAAACUCUUGUACUACUUAGAUGACAAGGAAAACACAGUUGACGCCUCAAAGUUAUGGCUGAGAGCGUUUAAAGUACUGUUAUCAGAGGAGAAGGACAGAAAACAUGUUGACGUGUCUUACUUUACCUCCAAAUCCAAGCAGCAGGAGAUUGACAGUCACACCACAGAUGGCAUCCCUUUAUUCCUCAUCACUUAUGCCUGUGCUAUCACCUUCUCAGUGAUAUCCUGCCUGAGAUUUGACAAUGUGAGGAACAAGGUGUGGGUGGCCGUCUUCGGAGUCCUCUCCACGGGCCUGGCUGUUCUCUCCUCUUUUGGCUUGCUGCUUUACAUCGGAGUGCCAUUUUCUAUUACAGUCGCAAACUCUCCUUUCCUCAUACUCGGAAUCGGUCUGAACAACAUGUUCGUAAUGGUGUCCGACUGGCAGCACACCAAUGUGAAGGACCCGGUGCCGAAGCGGUUGGCUCACACCUACAAAGACGCCGUCAUGUCCGUCACCAUCACCUUCCUGACCGACGUCUUCAAGUUCUCCAUAGGCGUCAUGUCCGACUUCCCGUCGGUGCAGUCGUUCUGCCUGUACGCCAGCGUCUCCAUCGUAUUCUGCUACGUCUACACCAUCACCUUGUUUGGGGCCUUCCUGGCUCUGAAUGGGAGGCGAGAAGCCAGCAACAGGCACUGGCUGACCUGCAUGGAAAUACCAUCAGACCACAGCGAUCGUGAUUCUGUGAUGUAUAGCAUCUGCUGUGUGGGAGGCGGCUAUGAUCAGAACACCGGAGCAGAGAAAAAACAACCGGCGAGCAAUUUCUUUAAGGAUUACUACGGCCCGUUUCUGAUCAAACCCUGUGUCAAGGGUGUUGUAAUCUUCAUUUACGUGGUGUAUUUAGCUGCGAGUAUUUACGGAUGCUUCCACGUUCAACAGGGGAUUGAGCUCUAUGAUCUGGCAGCUGAUAACUCGCAUGUUACGAGAUUCAAUAGGAAGGAUAGGCAGUAUUUUUCUGAUUACGGUCCAUCUGUGAUGGUUAUCGUAAAUGAGGAGUUCCCAUAUUGGGAUAAAACCAAAAGGCAGCAACUUCUGGGAUGUAUAGAGGAUUUUAAAAAGCUCCAGUUUGUAGACGAGGAUGUCUCUACAUCCUGGCUGGACUCUUAUCUGUCAUAUGGACGAGAAGCACAUUUAAACCUAGAUGAUAAAGACGUUUUUCUCAAAAAUCUAUUUCCCUUUUUUGAUUUAUUUCCUUUUUUCAAGCAAGAUGUGAACCUCACUGGCGAUUCCGUCCAUGCAUCCCGGUUCUUCAUCCAAACCAUCGAAAUCGCCAAUGCCAGCAUGGAAAUAAAGAUGCUUUCAGGUCUAAAAACCACCACGGGACGAUGCAGUGCAGCAUCUUUAUCGGUCUAUAACCAGAAAUUCAUCUUCUACGACCAGUACGACGUGGUGGUCAGCAGCACGAUCAAAAACGUGGUCGUGAUCACAGCUGGGAUGCUGGUCGUCUCCCUCCUUCUGAUUCCAGACCCUCUCUGCGCGUUGUGUGUGACCUGUUCCAUCGGCUCAGUGACUGUCGGGGUGACCGGUUUCAUGGUGCUUUGGAACGUCAGCCUCGAUUCCAUUUCCAUGAUCGUUUUCACCGUCUGCAUCGGCUUCACCGUGGAUUUCUCGGCUCACAUGUCCAACGCCUUCGUCUCCAGCAAGAAGACGAGUCCCAACGACAAGGCGGUGGACGCUCUCUCCAGUUUGGGCUACCCGAUACUUCAAGGGGCCGUGUCCACCAUUUUAGGGGUGUCAGUGUUGGCUACGUCUGAGUUCCACACAUUCAGAACGUUUUUUAAGAUCUUCUUUCUUGUCAUGUUCAUCGGGAUGAUUCAUGGACUCAUUUUCAUUCCAGUGACUCUGACACAGUCUACAUGCAGAUCGAAAAAAGAGGAAAGUAAAGACAAGAGUUUGCAGAGCAGCAAACUAUGAGCCCAGUUACAGUGUUGAUCAUAUGCAGGCAUAUUAAGAAGGUGCAUUGACUUGAAGAUCCCACAAUGCAAU